UGCCCUGUAAUUCUUCCACUCACUAAUUAAUCCAUGCAUAGAUAUCCUGGCGAUGCCCUUUAAAAAGACAAACCAACUGCGUUCCUCCAAUAUCAGUGCCGAUGCCCCUCCCCCUCGCCGUUUACCAUUGUGGUCAGACCGAGGGAUGCAGCUUUCCCGCUUCAGCCUGAUCCAAGAUGAGAAUCCAAUUAGCCCUGGCCGCAAAUGCCGUCUUGCUCUGCCUCCAUCGUAUGAGAGCUAACAGGCAUGUGCUAGGCACAACUCUGCAGUGAGAGGAGGGCUUCUAGCUCCAUUACGCCACACUCGGGAGGAGG